GCCGUCGCCGCAGAACAGGCUCUGCCGGACUGAGCGCGUGGGAUUGUGGGUAAAGGGCUGCGAGGGAGCCGUUAAAGUGGACGGAUGACGGGAAGCUGCGGGAAAAGAGGUAGCUUGAGCCGUGGACUGCUCCAUCUUCAAAGUUUAGACAAGAUUUAGACAAGAACAUUAUCGGAUCUCUUCACUUCCGCUUUUGUUGUAGAAGCAUUUCCAGAGCUUGGAAACACUUCCUUAAAAAUAAAUUCAUUACCUCUAAUACGUUGAACUUUUCAGCAACAAAUUUAAAAUUUGUUCUUUUAAUAAUUAAACAACCAGGGUCUUGUUGUUAUUUUUAAAGUACACAGGCCUGCAAUAAUUUUUUUUAAUAUUGUAGCUGUUUUUAAAUGUAUUUUUGGAUGCUGAACUUGUAAAACACAAUUGAAAUGUCAUACAGUUUUUUCACAAAUUCAGUACUUUUAUCAACUCAGUUGUUACUCAGCUUUGAUGAAGUGUAGACGCUUAUGCUCCAGUGCAAUUUCUUUUAGUGCUUUUGAAUAGAUUUUUGUGUUUCAUAUCAAUUAAGGUGUUCUGAAAGUCUGUUAGAAGACUUUAACCCCUUUCUUGCUCUUUGUAGGGCAAUUAUUUGCAGGAUCAUUUCAUCCAAUCGUAUAUUACAACAUACAAACAUCAAAGCAGGUUGUGAAAAACAUGUAUGUGAUGGAGCAAAUCUGAGGUCGUUCUUGGAUUUAGAACUCCAAAUUCCUAUUAAAACCAGUAUACAUUUUUAAAAAGUAUUUAUGACCCUCAGUUACGCAGGCCUGUGUUAUUGCAUUUUAUAGUGUUUACAUUUGUUACUUUUUGAGCAGUAAUUUUAGGUUUGGAGGUAUUGGGGGCCCUUUUUAGUAAUUUUCAGUGAUUGUUAAUGUACCACAUAACGAUUUCAUUAAUGAUUACUGUCACACGUUAACUUUAUAACAUCUGAACACCAACAAAUUUCUUUUCAAUGAAUUUCAAUAAACAAGUUAACAUUAACAUGCAAGUGAUACCACAAAUAUUUCCAAGCUCUGUGGAUCUUGAAUUCACUUUUGAAUCGAUCCUUUUCAUGUUGGCCCAGAUCAUCUAGAACACAGCAGUUAGGUGCAGUCUAGUGGCUUCCUAAGAAAGAGACUUUAACAUACCGCAAAAUCCAAAGUUUGGAAAGGCUUUAAGAAAAUGGCCAUGGAGAUGGAGACAAGAUCACUAUUGGCCAAAUGGAUUGAGAUGGAGCCCACUCCAGAGGAGAUAGACAGUUCUGUCAGAUUGCCUGAGCUGCCUAACCUGGUGCAAUGUGGGACCAUAGAGGACCUGCUCCAUGAUAUAGCACCCCAGCAGGCACAUCCUGGGCCCACUCAGUGCUGGGAGGAUGCUUGGAAGCAAGUACUAGAAGCACUGGACACCCAGUCUUUCCCAUACACUCUAAGCAGUGAAAAUCCAGAAAAUGAAGGAGUUGACUGUCCUCAAAAGAGCUUAGAAGAAGCAGGUGCACUGGAGGAACUUGCCUUAGACCCCAGUUUCCCUGUAAAGGUCUCACCUACCUUGUCGGAAAACACGUGGAUUCUUCAGUUCCAGCUGGGAGAUGAUAUUGAAUCCUGCUUAGAAGCCUUUGAACAGGCAGCCAAUGCCCAACACUGGCCCAAGGAAGAAUGGGUAGCCCAGCUGAAGCCUCAUCUGAGCCCUAAAGCCUUCCUAGCCUGCAGGGACUUGGGGCUCAAUGUGGCUUAUGACUACGAUGUGGUAAAGGCAAGCAUCCUGCGUCACUAUGGCAUCACCACAGAGACUCAACGGCAGUGUUUCAGGCAGUAUGGUUAUCUGGAAUCCAAGGGGCCCAGAGAAGCAUGCCAGAAACUCCGGACACUUGCAUGGCGCUGGCUGAAGCCGGAAAAGCAUACCAAAGAGCAGAUCCUGGAGCAAUUCAUUCUGGAGCAGUUUCUGGCCAUUCUACCACAGGAAAUGCAAAGGCGGGUGAGAGAAUGCAGUCCAGAGACAUGCAACCAGGCAGUGGAUCUUGCUGAAGGUUUCCAACUAGGAACUGAGCCACCAGUGCCCUUCGAAGAUAUCUCUAUGAACUUCUCUGAUGAAGAGUGGGCCACCUUAUCAGAGGAGCAACGAAUGUUGUAUCAGGAUGUCAUGCUGGAGAAUUUUCAGAAUGUGUCCACUUUGGGAUUUCCUCAGGAGAAACAUGAAUUAAUCUUUCAGAUAAAACAAGGAGAAGAAACAGAUUUUCAGGAUGAUACUAUAACAGACCUUCCAGAAAGUCAACUCACAGGUGAAGAAAACUCACCAGUUCCACCUUCUGAGGAACAACCUGUAGAAAAGAAAGCUGUUUCAGAGAAGGCAAAUACAGCAGCAGUGAAGGAACCAACCCUGUCAGCAGAAACAACUGAAGAGCAUUCAGACCUAGUUGAAUCAUUUGGCUGUGAGCCCUCCAGUCCAGAGAAGCAGCCUCCACAACCUGUUAAGCAGAGCCCUGUAAAGACGUCCUCAGCCAAGACCCAACCCACAAAAAAGCAAACCUCAUCCCCAAAAGGUAGAACCCCUCAAAAGAAGAAACAGCAGCCACCAGUCACAGGUGAACCUGCUCCCAGGACAAAACAGCCUCCACCUUUAGUGUCAAGAGAAGUGUCUGGGAAGCAGGAAUCAGAUGCUGCUGCUGUUUCAACCCCCCAGCCACCCAAGCGAAAGAAGGGGACACCACCAAAGGGUCGGCUGCCAAAACUGAAGAUGCAAGCAGCACCAGUAGCAGAGCUCCCCAAGCUGAGUAACAAAUCAGAGACUCAGGGUGUGCCCCCCAAUUUGAAGAAGGAACUUCUGAUGCCAGAGAAAACUUCCCCUCAGAAGAAGAGCCAAAGCCAGCAAGAGACUAUCUGUGAUUCCACUACAGGAAGCUCAUCUGUUCCACCUUCUGAGGAACAACCUAUGGAAAAGAAAGCUGUUUCAAAGAAGAUAACACAGCAAAUGCUACUGCCGCCAGAUGAGAAUGCAAAGCCCCACAAGAUCACCAUCCCUGUUAUCACGUGGCACCCACCAUUCAGCGCCACCGUUGUAUCAGAUCUCACAUGCCUGGAGUGCGGUCGGUCGUUCAGGCAGAGGGCCGACCUGCGUCACCACCAGUAUGUCCACACCAGGGAGAAGCCAUACACCUGCAGCAUGUGCAACAAGUGUUUCAGGCACCCUAGCCACCUCCACAUUCACUUGCGGACACACAGUGGAGAGCGGCCUUACAAGUGCCCCGAAUGCGGGAAGGCCUUCUCCCAAAGCUGCAAUCUGCGGACACACCGGCAAAUCCACACCGGCAGCAAGCCUUUCCGGUGUUGUGUGUGCACGAAGUCCUUCCGCCACAAGUCCAACCUCACCAUCCAUGAACGUGUGCACACUGGGGAACGCCCUUACCCUUGCUCUGUCUGCCCCAAGCGCUUCAGUGACAGGUCCACCUUGGUGCAGCACGAGCGCACGCACACAGGGGAGAGGCCCUACGCCUGUCGCGUCUGCGAACAGAGGUUCAGCCAGCUGUCACAUCUUGUGAAGCACACUCGGGUCCACCCAGGUGCCAGAGGCCCGCCCAAGCCUAAGCCCACCAGAGUGCUCUCUGUGAGCCCCCCAAAGAAUAGCUUGUCACAGCCGAGUGAAAAAGACAGUUCCUUGAAAACAACAGAGUCCAAGAAGGACCAGAACAAUCUUGCCUGGAUCUCAAAAACAUGAGUUCCCGCAUCCUCCAAGGGUAGGCCUCCACAAAAUAAAAUGGCCACAUAGAACAGGGGCAAAGAGAACCUUUGGCCUACAAUUCCCAUGCACCUCACCCAGCAUGCCCAGUAGCAAGGAAUUGUGGGAGUUGUAGUUCAAAAACCCUAACAGUAAAUAUUUAAGAAUAGCAAGAAAUGGAAAAGGCAGCUGGAGUGCAGCAGGGCAGGUUGGGCUGAUGCAAGUAGAAGAAUUGAUAAGUUAUAGGAAGUGGGAAGGAUAGAAAGAGUCAUUGUACCCCUCUGCUACCUUAUUUUACAAUGAGUCCCGCCAGACUCUUCUAAGCUUACUUCUGAGUAAUCUUACAAAGGAAUGUGCUAUAAAACAUAUUCAAAUUGCUGCUGUACAAGUGUGGGACAGAAGCUUUAAAAAAUCCACUAGGAUACCCACCAAGUUAAAAGCAUGCCAGAGCUUCUGUCCCUGAUAUUCUUACAGAUUUAUUCCCCACCCUGUGAAUUUUGUUAUCAGGAUUUUUUUUAUUGAUUAGAACAAAUUUACCCGCUUUUUGUCUCCAUAAACACUGGUGAUCAAUACUGUUGGAAGUCAUCCAGUGGCUUGAAAACUCCAAACCAUCCAUACUUCCCCUCUGUUCAGCCUCCUUGAAAAUUGGGGAAGAGGCCUGUGAGUGCCCUUCUUAAGUGUUAACUUUCAUGAACCAGAAUUGUGUUUUUCUUGGGAAAAAGACAUUUAGGCAUUCUGUGGCUGUUUCCCCAAAAUCCAACUGCUUCCCAUGUACAGUCUGUAUGUUUUUAACAAACCAAAAUCAGCCAGAGACAAAAAAAGAUGUCCCAAUGCCUUUUUGCCAUUGGGAUACUUUUGUGUUCCAUCCAAUGUACAGUUGGCGCUACAUAUUCAUGGAGUCUUUAUCAAAGGAUUCAACCAUCCAUGGUUUGAAAAUUUUCCAAAAAGAUAUAAAUUCCAGAAAUCAAAUCUUGAUUUUGGUAUUUUAUAUAAGGAUACCACUUCACUAUGCCAUUACAUUUAAUGGGAUUUGAGCAUCCACAGAUUUUGGUAUCCACGGUGAGUCCCAGAACCAAAUCCAAGUGUAUAUCAAGGGCCUGCUGUAAUGUAUAAGGAUCUUUAAACUCCUGUGUGUUUUAAAGAACCCCUUAAUGCAACAAGACAGAAGCAAUAAUUUCUGUUUGUUUGCAAGUUGGCCCCAUUCAGAAUCACAAUGGAAUUUUCAUUGGGGUCAGGAAAUAUAGGCAUUGUACAUUAUACCCUAAACCCAACCUUCAGUACACCAAAAUUCUCAUUGGGGUCCACAAAUCCCCCAGAACUCAUUCAGUGCAAGGCUUUUAUUCUGGUGCAUGAGGGUUAAGGAAGGUGCGCCUGCAACCAGAAAUGUUUCUGUGUCUAACGUUUAAAGAGCUGAGAAUACCUGUGUGACUAGUACAAAGGAAGCAAGAUGGAUAUCGAAUGGAAGUCUAAUAAAUACUUCCUAGAGCUGUUGGGAGAACAGCAAUCCCAAAAAUCUGGAGGUUUUUAGCAGAGCAGGUGGAAAAGUACUUCCAGCUGGAAGCCCUCUAAAAUAAAGUGUAACCAUGAGGUAGGGUUAGAGUCAUGGAUUAAGACUCUGGAAUUCUGGGUUCAGAUAUUUUUACAAAGAUCACUGGGUGACUUUUAGCCAGUCAUUGUUCAACAAUAGAACAUACUCACUUGGGGUGUGGUUAAGUCUCCUUUUUGGGAGGUUGUGAAACAGGUUGGAUGGCCAUCUGUCAGGGGUGCUUUGAUUGUAAGUUCUUGCAUGCCAGGACUGGAUGGACCUUGGGUUCUCCUCCAACUCUAUGAUUCUGUGACAAUCUCUCAGCCUAACCUACCUCCUAAGGUUUUGUUGUGAGAACAGAAAAAAAGGACUGCAUACCUCACCUUUGGGCUGUAGCGGUGGAGGGGGGAGGCAUUAUAUGAGUAACACCAAGGGAUCGUUGCAUUUAUGAAUUUUCUACCUUCUGCAUUGCACACCUUUUAAGGUUUUUUUCCCUCUGUCAACAAUCUGCCACACUGACAAGUGGAACAUGAUGUAAUGCAGACAGGUUUCAUUGUGACUGUUGCUCCAUCCUCCCCCUUUACCACAGGCCUUCCUUUUUGAACAUGCACAGACUCAACUGAUCUUGUUCAUGCAUUGUUAUUUUUUAAUAUUUUUCAAUACUGCAACAGUGAAGCAGUUUUCUAAAUAUCACUGCUGCAGCUUCCAGUGCAAUCAUUUGCACAACAUGGAUUCUGGCAUCAGGAUUUCCAUGCAUAAGGGG